AACAGGAACAGCCACGGCGCCCAGCGCGGGGGCCCUGCUCCUCGCGGCACAGUCGCAGGAGCUCUCCCAUAGGAUGAAGGACGUCUGCCAUGAACCCUUUCUCGAAGGCGUCGAGCCCCACCGCCGCGGCGCGCUGGAAGAGGGAGGGACAGAGAGGGCAAGGAUAUACCUCGUUGCAGGAAGGCAACGCCGGCUUGGUGCAGGGAGGCGGCGGCGGCAGCUUCCUGCAGGAAACGGGGGAGGCGGCCUCAGUACUUGUAGGGAUGGGCGGCCACAGAAGGCCGUGGCUCCUUCCCCGGCCGGAUCUGGAGUCCGGCGAGCAGGGCCAUUGGGCCACUAGAUGGGGGAGGGAAGGGAGGAAAACCGGGAAGGCGCAGGAGGGGAAGGAGAGGGGGAGGACGCACCUUCCCGGCGGCGGGGUAAAGAUUUGCACACAGGUCGGUCAGCAUGCUACGGUUGAAUGGCUGGCAAUGGCAAUCAGCAACAUGACCCAGCCAGCAGAGCUGACAGUGCAACCAAUCAACUACCAUACAGCUGAGCUCGAGCUUCCGUAUGUAUACAAUAGCAAUACUAUAUAUGCCAGUACUCGCAGGGCCUGCAUGCAUUGGCCUACCAUCGAUCAGCAUGCAAGGCAGGUCACCAAAAUGCAGCAAGUUCACAAUGAUCGUCCAUUAUCCAUCCACUUAGGCAGGCAGGCAUGCCCUGCAACUGCCGGACCUUGCCACGUUGAUGCAUGUGAGGAGCAAAUUAUUCCUAUAUAUUACUAUAUUACUAUUACUCGUUCGUUGCCUGCUGCUGCUGCUGGAUACAGGGUGCGUUUGGUUGGACUUUUGCACUUGCUUUUGCUUUUGCAAAAACUAAAAGCUAACCAAAUUAAAGGGUUUAAAGGCUCUAAGUACUUUGUCCAAAAGCAGCUUUCACCUUAGUACAAAUGCAAAAAGCACCUUCCUCCUGCCUUCAGUGGCUUUGGAGGUAACAAAUUACCCACCUACCACUGGUUAUGGAGAAAAACGGUUCGUUCUAUUACCUCACAUCCCCAUCCGCUCGUCAGCCCCCCCCCCAGCCUACCAGGCGCGCUGCUGAUUUGGUUAGUGCGAGAGGAGGAUAGUUACGUUGACAUACAUCAUAAUUUUAUGAGUCAUUUACCUUGUGUAAUUGCUACAGUUCUAUUGAUGUGGACCAUAUAGAUAAAAAAUUUAGAAAAUUUAAUAUUUUUUUAAAAGAUAUAUUUACAUGCGAAAUAGUGAACAUAUUAUGUUUGUACGAGUAUUUUGGUUUAUAUACAGUUCCACAAACCUUCAGGGGUAUUACAGGUAUUUCACCCACAGCACACAGUUUCCCACAGCUCACAGCUGCUCUAAGCAAAUGGUCUUCUGCUUUUCCCACAACAGUUUUUUCACAGCAGCUUUUCCACAGCCCACAGCUCACGACAGCUUUUCCAAAAAUCACAGCCCAACCAAACACACCCAUAGAUAUCAUCAACAGCAGCUUAAUUAUAUAUAUAUAUAUAUAUUCUCCUGCUUUUAUUAAUAUACAAUAGCUGCUAGCUAGUAAUGGUAUGGAUUAGGACGUGAGUGCCGCUAGAUGAAUGAGACCGAUAUAUACACAAUGCAAUUGCACCCAUGCGUAUGUGUACAGUAUUAUAGUAGUAUAUCGGAAGGAAGGAAGGAUUAUAGUAAUCACCGGCACAGGAUAAAGGUAGCGUAAGUGCUCCAAUUAAUAUAAUUAAUUAACAAGCUACUACUAAUCAUGAAAGCCAAUGCAAGGAAUCUCAAUCUAUUGUGUUGUUGCUCUCAUGGAUGGUUGGUUGGUUGGUGCAGCAUCCAGAUAGCACCCCCAGCCGCUACUCUUCUCUCUCUCUCACACACACACACGCAACUCUAAGAUCACAAUGAUCGAGAAACUAUUUGAGGAUGGAAUAAUGGAA